GAAAUGUUCGUCGUACUCGUCAUUCUGGCAAUAAUACCUUAUAUGAGGCCUUGGGGGUGGUUCAAGAUGAGAAUAGUCGUUUACUUCAGUUGGUGGCUUUACAGAGAAGAAGAAUACAAAGUUUGGAGACAGAGUUGGUAGAGUUGAGGGUUAAUGCGGUUUCAAGAGUGCAGGACGG